ACAACAUCAACUCUGGCCGUCUCCGCAGUGCAGCGCCAGAAAACGCUCCUAUAGACGCUUCCCGAAUAUUGGACCGUGAUUAAAUUCUAGCACAGUAUGGGCACACCACACGGUGAGCCCGAUCUACAAGGCAAAACGCGAGUUUAAAGCAGUCCUCAUAAGAUUAAUUCUUUUUGCGAUUAAUGUGUGAUACCGACCGCUUUCUUGUGAACGUUCUGUGAAGUGCAGUGAAUGUGUGUCAAAGGUCUUUUGGAGUUCAGUGCAGUGGGCGAGGUAGAAUAUAACAGCAAAUAUGUCGGAGUUCUUUGGACCAUGGAACGACAAGGAGGAGGGCGAGGAGGAGGUGGUGGAGGAGACGGUGGAAACCAUCACCACGACCACCACGAGGAGGCAAAUUCCUUCCAAAUCGUCAUCGACAAAAACUACUACGAUGACGACGCCUGCGACUCUGUAUGGACGAGACCUGUCGGCCUACGACGAGGUGGACGUCGACGAGCUGCUAGCUAAGCUGUCGCAGGAAGAACUCACUAUGUUGGCCAAGGAUGUUGAUCCAGAUGACAACUUCCUGCCACCAUCACAACGUAACAACUAUGACUGUGAGAAGGACCCUACAGGUCCCCUGAACCGUAAGAAGCUUAUAGAACACAUAAACAAACAAGCACUGGAGACACCAGACCGGCCAGAGAUCAAGCCAUAUGUUGCUGGUGUUGUACGAGGAAAGAAGUGGAUCCCGCCUCCAGCGCCUGAGAAGGUGCGUGAUGCAGACGAACAGAUCUCCAUCGACCUCGGAGACGAGUACGAGCAGGCCCUCACUGAUGCCUCGCAAGAGGAGAUCAUUGACCUGGCUGCUAUCCUCGGCUUCCACUCGAUGAUGAACCAGGAUCAGUACCACGCGUCUCUGCUGAACAAGGGACAGCCCGUCGGACUCGGCUGGGACGGCAUCACAAAAGCCACCAAACCCAAGGUGUACCCCAUGGACCCUCCCAACGACACGGACCCCGACGAGACCAUCAAGCGGGUGCAACAGAAUGACCAGAAGCUCACUGAUCUCAAUUGGAAUAAUAUUAAGAACAUAAGCGAGGAGAAGUUCGAGAAGUUGUUCGAGGGUUUGAAGAGUAACACGUCGCUGGAGGUUCUGUCGCUGGUGAACGUGGGGCUGGGCGACCGCGGCGCGGCGCUGCUGGCCGACGCGCUGCGCGUCAACUCGGCGCUGCGCGUCGUCAACGUCGAGACCAACUUCAUCUCCCCGCCCGCCCUGCUACAGCUCGUCCGCGCCCUGCUCGACACUCACGUCGUCGAGGAGUUCCGCGCCUCCAACCAGCGGUCGCAAGUGUUGGGUAACAAGAUAGAGAUGGAGAUAACGUCGCUGGUGGAGCAGAACCCCACGCUCCUGCGGCUGGGCCUGCACCUCGAGUACAGCGACGCUCGCCACAGGAUCGCCAGCCAUCUGCAGAGGAACAUCGACAGAAAUUGUCGAGUGCUAAAGAAAGCGAGCGCGUCCCUACAAGCGCGUCGGCCGCGCGGCCCCCCGCCCGCCGUCGGCAUCGACUCCAGCUUCUUCAACAUGACCCCGCCCAGCGCGGAGGCACUCACCCCCACCGGCGAGGAACCCAAGCCCGUCAUCUCCGAGACUGUCGAGACCUCGCUCACAGUCAAGACCAAGGCGCAGCCCGACGACAGACCCACCUCCAUUACUAUUGGCGAUGGGAAAUUGGAACCAGAAACGAAUACACAACUAGUUGAACCGGUUCCGACUGAGACUGUAGUACCUAGUGAAGACCGCCUCGCCCCGGCGCCGGAAGGCACGGUGGAAGACGGCUCGGAUAAGCAAAGCCUCCCUACGGGCGAGCAAGUGGAACGCUUCGUGAAGGCGUCCCCGCCUGACUACGCCAGCAGAGACGGAGCCAGAACAGCGCUUAGAGCCUUGAACUGUCGCACGCGACAAAUCUAUGGACCAGAUGAAAUAAGGCGGUCGCAUCAGACGACUGACCCAGUUCACCCGCAGCCGCAGCUACGUGGUGGGCUGGAUCCCGUGAGGCGCCGCCUCGCCGCGCUCGCUGGCACGUACUGCACCGCGCAUCGCUCGCCCCACCACACGGACUUUGUGAUUGAGUAUUUUGAACCUCUAUUUGUUGAGGUAGUUGUGCAGUAUAUGGCUAGUUCUACUUCAGCAGACAUCAGUCAAUGCUGCUAACCUACCUCGGAAAAGCCACAUAUAACUUGUGGCAUUGUAAGUUCCUUCAUAUAUUAUAUUUUUGACAAUUUUAAUAUGUUUUUUUUGACUAAUAAGAUUAAACUUUAUUACGAACGAGUGUCAACUCAAAGUCGAAUAACAAAAAUGACUGAUUAAUUGUGACUUGCCAACAUUUUGAUUGUAAUAAUGUUAGACAAACAAUUGGAAGUGAUAUGAGAAGCCAUGUUCUGCGUCAAUGGAGCGUAAUUUUAAAUAUUUCAAUAAAGCACUAGGUUUGUUCGCAGUGUCUUAGACUUUCGAUAUACGCCUUUGAUGGAGUUUUGUAAUUUUGGUAUUCGAUAGCAUUCUAGCUAACGCAUAGCGACGUACUGAGGCUUUUGAUAUUAUGAGGAUAGCUUUUAUAACGUAACCUUUUGCUUUCUUGAAACAAAAAAAAAUGCUUAAAAAUGUAACUUUAUGUAUAUUUAGUGAAUCUACUGGGGAACUAAGUGUCCAUAACAUUGUGAUACAGACAUCAUAUUUUCCAUUAAAAAUCAACUUCGAUUUUUUUCGUCUGUUAGUUUCAAUAAGAGAGAUUAUUUGUAUAUGAUUUUAGAUUUUUAAAAUGUAAUAUUCUUUUAAUGUGACGAUUUAUGAAGAAAAAUUAAAUUAAUAUAAAUCAUAAUUUAAUUGUAAUGUUAGUUUUAUUUAUGUUGAUAUAUUACGGUUCAGGAGCAUUUUGAUCCAACGAAAUACCUUGACUUGUAGAGUCGCAGUGCUGUAGUUUGUGACAACUGUAAAAAAUAUUAAUAAAGUACAUAAACAAGA